AUGGACGAUAUCCUGCUGGACCCAGCAGGGAGUGGGGGUGAGUUUGGUCACGUCAAGCUCAACAAGAAGGGAAGCUUCAAGGAUUUUUACAAGGUUGGCUCAAUCUUGGGCGAGGGCGCUUUCGGGGUGGUGCGCUUGGUCACGUGCAAAUCGGAUCAUUCCAAAUGGGCCGUCAAGGUGAUCGAAAAGAGUAAAGUCGAUCCUGGUGACCACUCGCUGCAAACUGAAAUCGACAUCUUGUGUCGUGUCAAGCAACCGAACUGCAUCUGCUUGAGAGAAUGGUUCGACGAGCCAACCCGAGUACUUCUGGUGAUGGAGCUCGUCACGGGUGGCACCUUACUUGACCACAUAGUCAACAGCGGACAUUUCAACGAAGAAGUUGGACGCACGAUUUUUCGUGAUCUAGCCACGGGGUUAGAAUACCUGCAUGCUCAUGGGAUCGCUCAUCGGGACUUGAAGCCUGAGAACUUCAUGCUCAGCUCCAAGUCGCCCGACGCGCGUGUCAAACUGGCAGAUUACGGUCUGUCGAAGAUUCUCAUCGAUCCAGCCGGAGGUAACGAAAAGACGGUGUGCGGAACUCCGAGCUACGUCGCCCCGGAAAUACUGCGGUGCAUGACGGGAAAAGAAGAAACCUACAACGCGAUUAACGCCGACGCGUGGUCGUUAGGUGUUAAUCUUUUCAUCAUUCUCAGCGGGUACCCGCCGUUCUGGAGACACGAACAAAAUCAAAAGAAAUUGUUCGACGCCAUAGGUCGCAACGAUUGGUCGUUUGAUCAAACCUGCUGGAAAGACAUCAGCGUCGAUGCCAAAAGUUUGAUAAAAGGUUUGAUGGAACCGGACGUCGAAAAGAGGUACACCGUGAAGCAGGCGCUGCAGCACAAAUGGUGCGCGGAGACGGCGAUUUACGCACAGGUUCAAAAAAGCGGGACUGGCCGUGCUAUUCAAAACUCGUUUGACCCGCCUGGUUACUGGGCUCAAGAACACUGGUAA